UUGUUGUUUAGGAAUGUGGAGAAAUGACAACUAAAGGGGUUUCUUUUCUUCUUGACUGUAAAGCUCUUGAAGAUCCCUUGCUGCGUCAUAAUGGUCCUGGGAUAAAGAGAAGCUUUAUUUCCGAUGCUGCUUCAAAGUUGCCACUGCUUAGGAAGGUAUCAUUAGAUUUGUGUGAUGCAAGUGAAGGUGAAUUUGAUAUUCCUGAUUAUGCUGACAUAUAUUUUCUAAGUACUGUGAAGAUCGCUAGAUGUAAGUCUCAGAGGUAUGGUCUGGAGGUUCAGUUUGUCGAGGCUCGUAGGAGGCCUGUGCACAAAGAAACCUUGUGCUGGUGUGGAACAGCAAAACUAUCAUUAGAACAGUGGUGA